CUAAACUUUUUUUUCAGAGUUUUUACUGUUAAGAUGUAAAUCUUGUUUUGGUCCAGGAUGCCAAAUAUUUAAAAUUAGAACUGUGAGAUGGGGCAAAUACAAAGUGCUUCAAACAACUCAACAUUCUACGCUUUCAACGGCGGCGCAAUAUCAAAUAACAGUUCCCAGCCGCCCCUGAAGUUCAGUUCAAAAUUUGGAGAAAAUUGUCAGAUUUUCCGUGAGGGCUCCCAGGCUAAGAGAACAGAAAGUUUUUGCAAAGGAAUCCUGUUCAGCGAUCGUCCCGUAGAUUGUGGAGAACGGGUUUGCAUUCGUCUGACAGAACUAUCAAUACGAUGGAGCGGAGUUCUCAGAUUCGGUUUUACAUCACACAACCCGCUUUCCAUUCAAACUCUUCCAAAGUAUGCAUGCCCGGACCUAACGGGCAAGCCCGGCUAUUGGGCAAAAGCUCUGACAGAACGCUAUGCAGAAUCCAACGCACUUAUUCAUUACUAUUACACGCCAAACGGUGAUGUUCAUUUUGGAGUUAAUGGGCGGGACAAAGGAGUUUUCUUUAGCGGAGUAGAUACUCGACAACCCCUCUGGUGUUUAAUAGAUCUUUAUGGGAAUUGCACUGCUCUUGAACUUGUUGACAUGCGCAGAAGUCUUAAUAAUUUCGCCAGGGGUGAGGAUACGCCGGAAGAGGAUAAUGUUAUUGAAGAAGAGAGUGUUCCAGUCAGUGAUAAUGAUAAUGUUCUAAACAACCUGGACGAUCUUUCUCUUGAUCACAACUCAAAUGACGAGGAAAUGCCAUUGAGGUUCAACUCAGGAUUUAGAUUUAAAGAGCUACAUUUUCACAGGUUUACGGGACCUAAUGCAUCCUUGAACGGGAACGGUACAAUAGCCUGGAGACAUGAGGACGAAUAUUCCAACGGAUAUGUGUUUACCAGCCAACCAGUCAAAGCGGGAGAUAGAUUAGUCAUUCAAGUUCUUGCAACGGAAAACAUGUAUAUUGGCAGCCUGGCAUUCGGACUCACCAGCUGUGAUCCAGCAAGUAUAGAUCCGGAGACGCUACCGGAGGAUUCAGAUAUGCUCCUGGACCGUCCAGAGUACUGGGUUGUGUCUAAGGAUGUUGCUAACUCUCCAGACGAGGGAGAUGAACUGAGCUUUUGUGUCAAAGAGGAUGGAUCGGUCGAGUUCUCCAAGAACGGAAAUAUUCCCAGUGUUUUCAUGCACGUGGAUACUAGUGUCAAUCUCUGGAUGUUCUGGGAUAUCUACGGGAACACACAGAGGCUCCGUAUGGUCGGCUCUACAACCCAGCCAGUUAUUCGGCCCGAUCAACUCCGACAGAACAGCAAUGCUUCCCUGGAGAAUGAUCGGAAUAAUUUAUCAAUCUCAGAUCUGGAUCUGGAAAGGACGGAUAAUCUGGAUGCGCCUCCGAUACCUCCACCUAGACGAGCAGCCUCCGGUCAGCCUCCGACACAACCCCCUCGUGCUUUACAGCAAGAUGAUCCUCAACCUUCCAGUUCUGAACCUGAGGAGCUAAACCAGGACGGAUGUUGUGGAUCUCAGGAAACCAGUGCUGAGCAACCCUCCCGGAGUAAGGAAACCAAGAGUACGGACGAAUGCAAGAUCUGCUACGAGGCGAGCGUGGAUUGUGUUCUAUAUGUGUGCGGACACAUGUGCUUAUGUUACGAGUGUGCGCUGCAGCAGUGGAAAGGGAGAGGAGGAGGGUUGUGUCCAAUGUGCAGGAACUCAAUCCAAGAUGUAAUCAAGAUUUACCGAUCCUGAGACGGUUCUUGAGCUUCCUACUCUUCUAUGUACCUUGAGUGUUGAAUGACAGGGUCUGGAGAAACUCCAACCCCAACUGUAGUUAGCUUCUUUGACUUCUGUUUUCUUCAAUUAGAAUCGUUUGAUGUAAGAACGUUUUUUUUCUAAAAUUAAGAAGUUAUCGUGAUGAAGGGGUUAGAGUAAGUUGUAUUUUAAGAUAGGUUUGUGUAGAGAAGAAGGGAUUGGAUUAGGUCGGAUGAUAGAAUAUUUGAUAUUAAGAUGGGAUAAGGUUGGAAAACUGAAUAUUAACUUGAAAAUAGGCUGGUUAUUUCGAAAAAUGUAUUCCUUCAAAACUUUGUAAAUUUGAACCAAUUUAAGUCAUCAAGUCACCAAAACAUUUUUAUCUAAUGGAAACACAUAAGAAAGCCAUCAAUUUAUAGGUUUUACCUAAAAUUGAAAAGUUUAAGAUUUUUAAACAAGAUCUUCCAGUGCUUCAGUAUUAAGUUCAUAUUGUAGUCUUGCUAAAAGUUCUAGUUCAGGUAUUCGAUAUCAAAACUGGAUUUGGGCAUCGUCUUUUCUCAUUUUUUUUAAAAACAUUCAAGAUUUGAACAGAAAUAAACUAUGUCUGACUCUAAUCAAAACUGUAUACUCUCUUCUACUUAUUAGUCAUCUUUCAAAAUAAUAAUUGACAUUAUUAUUAAUUUAUGAAAUCCAGUUUAAUUUAUUUUAUGAUGUUGACAUGUUAAUGGAUUUCUAAAUAUAUUUUAUAAUUGUACCAUUGUGUUGCUGUAAAACUAUUUACCCCUGUAAAAAUGAUGUUCUCCAUGAAUUAACUCUCAUUUUUCUGUUCCUAACAACGAUUUUAGUUGUCCCUCAUUAUAAGUACUUUCCUCUGAAAAUUUGGUUACUUAACCCCCCCCCCCCCC